CUCGCCAUCUCCCACCAGACAAUCACUGCAAUCCGUCGUAUAGCACAUCGGCUUCAGAGUUCCAACGAUCUCCUAGAGACCCUCUCUCGUUUCAAUUCUCGAUCGGCUUCCCGUAGCUCUAUCCGGUGCAAUGGCUGCCGCGAACGCCCCCUUCGCUAUAGUCAGCCGCCUUUCCCCGGCCGCGCGCCUGCCGAUCCGUGCCUGGAGGGCCGCGAGGCCAGCGCCGCUCUCGACCGGCGGGAGAACCCGCCCCCUCUCCGUGGCCUCUGCGGCGCAGGAGAACAGGGACAACUCCGUCGACGUCCAUGUCAGCAGGCAGGACGGCGGCAACCAGCAGGGCAAUGCAGUCCAGCGUCGCCCGCGCCACGCUGGCUUCGACAUCUCCCCGUUCGGGCUGGUGGACCCGAUGUCGCCGAUGAGGACGAUGCGGCAGAUGCUGGACACGAUGGACCGGCUGUUCGACGACGCCGUGGGGUUCCCCACGGCGCGGCGCUCGCCAGCGGCGGCGAGCGAGACGCCGCGGAUGCCGUGGGACAUCAUGGAGGACGAGAAGGAGGUGAAGAUGCGGUUCGACAUGCCCGGGCUGUCGCGGGAGGAGGUGAAGGUGAUGGUGGAGGGCGACGCGCUCGUCAUCCGCGGCGAGCACAAGAAGGAGGCCGGCGAAGGGCAGGGCGAAGGCGGCGACGGGUGGUGGAAGGAGCGCAGCGUGAGCUCCUACGACAUGCGACUGGCUCUGCCGGACGAGUGCGACAAGAGCCAGGUGCGCGCCGAGCUCAAGAACGGCGUGCUGCUCGUGUCCGUGCCCAAGAGGGAGACCGAACGCAAGGUCAUCGACGUGCAGGUCCAGUGAUGAGUUCGUGUGAGACUGUACCCUGCAUCUGAGGCUUUAAGAUUUCAGCUGUCCGAGGUGUGCUCUUUGUAGAGUGUGCCGUUUUUCUCCAAUCCUGUUUUUCUCCAAUCCUCCUUGCGCGCUCGUUGUGCGAAAUUUGUAGUGCUCUAUGUCUCUCCUCUCUCUCUAAUAAUAAAAUAAUAAAGGACAGAUUGAGGCCAGCA